AAAAAGAAACGAAAGCUACCACCUGUCAAUGGGACGGCAACACCUUCCGAAGUGUUUCAUCGUAAUUUGGUAGAUGCUGUUUCUAACGUGGAAGAUUCUGAUGAACAUGAACAAUACGUAUAUCCAUAUAGCCAUCAUGAUAAACCCGGAACACCAUUGACGAACAAUACAACCAGUAAUAAUAACAUCAUCAACAACAAAAAACAACUAAAGAAACGAAAUCAGGAUUUGCCAACACCAUAUCGACGAUCGACAACGCCAUCCAGAUCUUCAUCAACUGCAGCCUCUACCUUUUCGUUACAACAAGCAACAAAUAAUACUGGACCUCCACCAACGUCAGAUGAAGAAAAUGGGACCUGGAUCAAACGUGGCUAUCGUCGCCCCAAGCUACGGAGUCAUGUGAUGGAUCAUCCAAGAAGUAGUGCUGCAUUCCCUCAACCAUGGUCACAUGAAGCAAGUUCCAGCGAUGAUAAUGAUGAUGACGAUGAUCAGCAUGAUUUACACCAUUAUCAAGAUGAUCGAUAUGGUGAACAUAUUUAUCUUUUGCGGCAUCACCCUGGACAACAAAGGAAAUAUCGUCAUACACGUUCUUCAUGUAGAAUUGUACGAAAUACAUUUCUCAGUAUUCUAUUAUUUGUAUUAUUGAUGUUGAUCUUUACAGUGUACAAGGCGGAACCUUUGACAGAUGUAUCAGCAUCUAUGGGACAUAUUCUGGCGUCGGACAAGGAAUUGAUAUUUGAUUUGAUGGUGAAGGCCAAUAACUGGAAUUGGUGGACCGUGCGGAUUCAGCAAGCAGAUCUAAGUGUGUUUGCAUUUAGUGAACUUGUACCUUUCAAUGACACUUUUGGGGUGGAUCCAGCUGAAUAUCUUGGUGAUUGUCUAUACUUUGAUGAACCACUUUCAUUUACAUCAUCAGUGAUUUUGGGAAGAGAUGAAAGAGCAAGUACAUCAACUCAAAUUAGAAUCAAAUCACCUGGGGCGGAUGCAAGUGGGAAUCAACGAUGGUCUCGUAUGAUUCGAUAUCCUUAUGGAUUAGUGACUCGCGGUGUUAUCAAGUAUCGACCUUUUUCCCUUUUGAAUCUUUCAUCUAGUCAAUCGAUACCCCUUUGUGUUGUGACUCAUGUUGAUCCCAUUACAUCUAUUACUACAGUUUAUUUUGAUGAUGAUCAUGGUUACUGUUCUCAUUAUCCUAUACUUACGUAUUGA